AUGUCUCUAAUCUCCUACCCUUCUCGCGAGGGUCGCGAAAUUGUGCUUCGUCACCAGAAUGCCAUCGUCGUCCGCGACCCCGACUCCCAACGUCUCGAGAUUCGCGGCCUCACCGAGUGUCCCACCUGCCACCAGGCCCUCCGUCCCCCGUCCCCAGACCGUCAUGGCUUCGAAUCCUCCUCGUCAUCCUCCCGCCACGAGUAUGUCGACCCCGACUACUUCCGUAUGCUACGUGCCGGCCUUGUCCGUAGCAGCAGUAGCACCAGGCACGACGAACCCCCCUCCAGUCCUAUCCUGCGCAUGAUCCGCCCAGGCUUGCCGCAACCUCAUCCUCAGUCCGCUCGUGUCGAAGACGUCGAAGACAUCGACUUCUUUCCAUCCCCCUCUUCCGCCCAGGCCCCUGUCCACCAGGGCGGCCGCAUCCGUCGCGAGGCCUUCAGUCCCAACUACUUCAAUACUUUCUUUGUAGAAGAACGGGAACUGGGCCGCGGCGGGAAGGGCGUCGUCCUGCUGGUGCGCCACGAAAUUGAUGGCUGUCAUCUUGGCCACUUUGCAUGUAAACGUGUUCCUGUCGGUGAUGACCAUGCCUGGCUGGAGAAAGUUCUGGUCGAGGUCGAACUUCUUGCCAAGCUCUCCCACCCGAACCUCGUUUCAUAUCGCCACGUCUGGCUCGAAGACGUCCAGCUCAGUCGCUUCGGUCCCAGGGUGGCCUGCGCAUUCAUCCUUCAGCAAUACUGCAACGGCGGCGACCUCCUCAACUACGUCGUCGGGGAUCGGCCCAAGGAGACCACCAAGGAAGACCUCAAGGAGCAGAUGCGCAGGAGGUCGAGGGGACAAGCCGAGCAGCCCAGCGUCGCUUCCCUGCGCCAUCUCUCCUUCGAGGAGAUUUACUCCCUGUUCCGCGACGUCACCAGCGGCCUGGCCUACUUGCACGCCGCCAACUACAUUCACCGUGACCUCAAGCCCAGCAACUGCCUUCUCCACCGAGAAGGCACCAAGCUCACAUGCCUCAUCAGCGACUUUGGAGAAGUCCAGGCCGAGAACGUCGUGCGCAAAUCCACCGGCACCACCGGGACCAUAUCCUACUGCGCGCCUGAAGUCCUCAAGAUGGAUGCCUCGGGUCGCUACGGCAACUUCACCACUAAAUCCGACAUCUUCUCCCUCGGCAUGAUCCUCUACUUCCUGUGCUUCAGCCGGCUGCCGUACCAGAGCGCCAAUGCCGUCCACGAAGAACUGGAGGACGUCGAUGAGCUGCGUGCCGAGAUCACCGACUGGAAAGGCUUCAAGGACGAGCGGAGGGAACGUUCCGACCUACCGUCCAAGCUCUACCAGUUGCUCAGACGCCUGCUCGCCCUCGAUCCGGCCCACCGACCUAGCGCCAAUGAAGUAUUGGCUGCCAUGAAGUCCGAGUCGUAUCCCGAGGGCGUGCCCUUGACCGCCCGGAGUUCCAGCCCUUCCAUCGGCCUGCAGGGGCGUCGUGUACAGAACCUCGAUUCACCCGGACCACCCGGCACCCCGGUUCCAGGUUCGUAG